AUGGUAGGGAAUGCUGAGAUGACUGAAGAGGAUUGGCAAGAACCCGUGGUUCCGGAUGAAGAGUUGCUGGACAAAUUUAGAUCUGGUAGUGGAGAAGGAGAUGACUGCCUUGACUUUAAUCCUGAAGUUGAAUUUAGGAAGCCACACUUUGAGCUAAAAGUGAAACAGAAGUUUACUAAAUUUAGAGUGUUUAGAUCUGUGUUGUGUGAAUGGCUAGUAAGAGAGGGUUAUGAAGUUACUUGGGUGAAAAACUACUCCAAGAAAAUUAUUGUCAACUGUGCAAAAUGUUGUAGUUGGAGGAUUCGGGCAACAUCAAUUCAAGAUGAAUCAACCUUCCAAAUAAAGUUACCAAAGGGUGAGCAUGUGUGUGCUCGAGAAUAUCAAAAUAAGCAUGCAACAGCUACAUACCUGAGCAGCAAAUAUCAAGAUAAGAUCAGGGAUAAUCCAAAAGUUGAUUUGAUGGGGUUGAAGAAUGACAUCAGAAGAGAUUUAAUAAUCAAUGUGUCAAUUGCUAAGGUUGGUGGAGCUAAGCAUAAGGCAAAGGAUAUGAUGCUUGGCAUGGACAUGGAGCAGUAUCAAAAACUUUGGAGUUAUGCCACCACCGUCCGAGACAUAAAUGCUGGAAGUACUAUAAAAAUUCAGAUUGACAAACUACCUGAUGGUUCAACAGGUAUAUUUCAAAGGUUAUAUUAUUGCUUGCAUGCCUGUAAGCAGGGUUUCCUUGAUGGUUGUAGACCAAUAAUUGGUCUAGAUGGUUGUUUUCUUAAGACAGCAUUUGGUGGACAAUUAUUAUCAGCACUUAGCAGAGAUGACAACGAUAAUAUGGUGUCAAUAGCAAUUGCAGUGCUAGAGGUAGAGCGAGCUGAAUAUCUGAAAACAUAUGCACAUACUAUUACACCUGUUCCAAGUGAUAUUUACUGGAUAACUUAUCAAGAAGAGGCCAUAAACCCCCAUGUGGUUAGGAGAAUGCCUGGUAGACCAAAGAAACUGCGUCGAAGAGUGCAAGAUGAGCCUAAGAAGGGUCAAGUAUCAACUAGAAAGGGUCUUGUGCCUGUGGAUAGUACAAAUAUGAAUGGAGGUAAAAGGGCUGAUGGCACCACUGCAACAAUAAAAAGAGCCAGAGCUCCAACAGUUACUGAUGUCCUGCAGAAGUUAAGGCCAAAGAGAUCAAAAGCCUAA